CACCAGUCAGUGCCUGCUAACUUCUGUCUUCUCAGACACCAGCUUCCUGCCAACUGUCUGUCCGGAGUGUCUCUGUGGAACCCGAGGCCCAUUAUCCGCUUGUCAUUCUCAUACCCCUUUGUUACCCCAUACCUGGCUGUGGACGGCCGCCACAACAGACAAAGGCUGCCUUUGAACCAUUGCACGUUCCGCUCUCGCUUUGAGCUCAGUUUUUUUUAUAUCCCGGAAACCCCACUCAACGAUGUCUCCUACAUCGUUUGCUUUUCCUCUCCCACCCGUAUCCUGCUACUUUCCUGGAGAUCCCCCACCUGCUGCUUGUCGAAGCCUUGGGUUGAGGCACAAACGAUCUCUCAAUCCAGAAUCCCUCUACUCGUUCUUGGACCUUUCCGAACAACACCACUCCCUGGUUCGCACAUACUCGGGAUACUUUGCGUCAAUGGGAGAAGAAAGCAGUCGUCGAAGAAGGCUGCUGUCCAGAGCAAGGCGCCCUAAACCCCAGCAUGAAGAGGAACCGUCUCCACCCCUACCUCUUGACAGCGCUGCAGUCCCCGAGUCCCCGCAACGCAAAAAGGGAGCCGUGUUUGAUUUCAUAAAGAAAAGUAGACCACCCGUAGACCCCGAAAACAUCCGACCUGACCUGGCCAAGGACACCAAGCCGGAUACCGCGGGUCUAGAUGCCAGCACCAUAACGCUGGAUCAACCAAAUAGUCCACCUACCAAUGGGUUUGAAGCUAGGGAUCGCUUUUCUUACCGGCGAGGAUUGAUGCACCACCCGUAUUCGCACGUGGAUGCUCCCUAUAUGCUGUCUUACGAUAGACCUUCCAUGGAAAAUGACAAGUUUUCCGAAAUGCUCCUGCAGCGACUCAACCCGGAUCCCUCGCCUUCUUUUCUCAAAUUCGACAAAGAGGGUCCCAAAAGUAUUCUUGACCUUGGUUGUGGCUCGGGCGAAUGGGCCAUUGCAGCGGCUACUUACUGGGGGUCCGCUCGCGUAAUUGGUUUCGAUCUUGUCCAUCCUUCGCGUUUGGGUGGUGAUGCUAAGCUGCCGGAAAAUCUUCAGUGGAAACAAGGAAACUUUGUCAAGUACAAGUUACCGUUUCCGAAGAGCAUGUUCGACCUUGUACGGAUGGCUAAUCUGUCACUCUGUAUACCCGAGAACCGUUGGGAACACGUUCUCAAAGAAGUUAAGCGUGUGCUGAACCCAGGAGGUUAUCUCGAAUUGAUCGACGACUACAUCCACUUCCCUUAUUCGAAGAAUACACCACAACAGCCCACUAGAUCCCAGGCCACUCGACCCCAGUCUCGUUCGCUUUCUUCAGGCUUUGAUGACACAGACGAGGAAGGCGUCUCUCAGGGUACCAACGCAUUGGAUUCAGACGAGGACGAAACUGAAGAGGAUUUCGUGAGCACCAAGAGUCGCUUCUCGACGCUGGUGGAACCAGAUCCUGUUCCCCCUGACGUUCCAUACGAUCCUGUCGCCGAUUGGAAUCGUGAAGCCGAAAACUCGAAGAAUUUAGAACAAGUUUUCGAGAAUAUGCUUGCGCAGAAAUUCAAUAUUCUUUUCCGCCCUCGAAAGAAGAUCGAAGAUACACUGCAAGACGUGUUUGGACGUUACAACUCAGACCGCAUUAACGACUUUCGCUUGUUUCUCGCACCUCCCGCUGACAAAGAGUCUGACAAGGCAUCUGUCGAAAGUUCCGAGAGCGGCAGCAGCGCCAGCGCCGGGAGCAUCAGGAGGGCCAAAAGAGAUUUCGUUCACUGGGUGACGGCAGUCGAACGAGACAGGAAAGACAAGAAAGAUAAAGACCGCAAGAAAGGGGACCGUUCCAGUGGGGAAAGUGUGGCGAGCUUCACGCAAGUUCCUGAGAACAUUAGCGCCAAAGCAGCUGGUCGCCUGGGAAUUAACCCAAGUUCCCCGCGUCAUUCGGCACACGGACAAUCACCUGGCAUUAUUGUCAAUAUGCAAACCUUCAUCCCUCUUUCCCCCCUAGAGCUCGAGAUGCACGCAUGCAAGCACAUACAUACCCUCCUUAGUUCCAAAGCAGCCAUACACGAAUAUCUCGAUGAGGUAUCGAAGAGGACCCAUCUCUCCGUGCCUGAACACGAGAUUGAUGAUACCCUUUGGGAUUAUGAAUGCUUCCGUCGAAAGCGGUUUAAUUGGCCUGCGGAAGUGCCAGAGUAUCAGCUGGACUCGCCAGAAUCGGAAACGCCUAAAUCUGCUUCCCAUCGGCAUUCUUUCGAUGGGCCGCGGCGCCAACGGCAACUCGAGGGUGAAAGCUCCCCGUAUAAGCCGAGCAAGCACUGCCAGCAAGACUUGGACCUUCUCCGUUCGAUCUACGUGUACAGAGCGCAGAAAGUGGACGACGACUUCCUCCUGCUCGCAUAAGGACGUGUUCGUUUGACGGACUUCCCUCUUCCCACAUGUGACGUUUUGGCCACCAUUUCGACUCUAUUACUUUACAUUAUCCGUCGACUCGACAGGGUGCCAAGCAACGCUCUCCUUCAUAGCAACCACAUAACCAAUAUCCAUAUUCUUCCACCUCGUCAUGGCAAUUUGUAUCGUUAAUUUCGCAUUUCGUCGGCUGCCCAUCCGCACCCUUGU